ACAAUUGUUGAAAAUUUCAACCUCAUCCCUCAAAUAUUUCCCCAUAUAAACCCCAAACACAACCAAAACUCCUCCUCAUUUUCAAAAUGGCAGUGAAGAGGAAGAUGAAAUGGCAAGACUAUUUCCCGGGCUGCUUCAAGCCCGAGGCCCCGGUCCGGGGCAAGAAGAAGCCGGUCGCCAAGCAGACCUCGUUCCCGAGGAUCUCGAUGUCCGAUUUCAGCGGCUCCACCGUGCUCUCCGAGGAUCUAUCGAUCUCCCUCGCGGGAUCGAAUCUUCAUGUGUUUACGCUGCAGGAGCUCAAGGUCAUCACGCAGAAUUUCUCGUCGAGUAACUUCCUAGGCGAAGGCGGGUUCGGGCCCGUCCACAAGGGCUUUGUUGAUGACAAGCUUAGGCCGGGCCUCAAGGCCCAGCCCGUCGCCGUUAAGCUCCUUGAUUUGGAUGGCGGACAAGGCCACCGCGAAUGGCUGACAGAGGUGAUUUUUCUUGGUCAAUUAAGACAUGCUCAUUUGGUGAAGUUGAUUGGAUAUUGUUGUGAGGAAGAACACAGGCUUUUGGUGUACGAAUACAUGCCAAGAGGAAGUCUUGAAAACCAGCUAUUUAGAAGAUUUUCGGUUUCACUUCCAUGGCCAACAAGAAUGAAGAUAGCUCUUGGAGCAGCCAAAGGGCUUGCUUUCCUCCACGAAGCCGAAAAGCCCGUUAUAUACCGUGAUUUUAAGGCGUCCAACAUUUUGCUAGACUCGGACUAUACAGCCAAGCUCUCGGACUUUGGGCUCGCCAAAGACGGCCCAGAAGGAGACGACACGCACGUCUCCACGCGAGUCAUGGGCACUCAGGGGUAUGCUGCCCCUGAGUACGUCAUGACAGGUCACCUGACAGCUGCGAGCGAUGUGUACAGCUUUGGAGUAGUACUGCUCGAGCUGCUCACUGGGCGGAAGUCAGUAGACAAGACCCGCCCCUCCAGGGAGCAGAACCUGGCCGAAUGGGCGCGGGCCCUGCUCAAGAGCCCGCGCAAGCUGGGCCGCGUGAUGGACCCCAGACUGGAAGGCCAGUACUCCGAGGCUGGGGCCCAGAAGGCGGCGGCCCUGGCGUACCAGUGCCUGAGCCACCGCCCGAAACUCCGGCCCACGAUGAGCGAAGUGAUCGAAGUGUUGGAGCCGUUGCAAGAUAGCGACGGAAACCAAAUCGGAACCUUCGUCUUCGUCUCCACGGAUAGCGAUUCGAGAGAAAUAUCGAGCAACGGGGAAAAACACAAGGAGAUGAAGCGGGAGAAUCAUCGGAAACCGGCGGCGAAGUCUCCGAAAUCGCCGCUCACUUUCACAGAGAUGAACUCGCCGCACCACCACCGGAUGAGGAGAGUGUGAUCAUAAAAUGCAGACUUUUUUGUACAUAAAUUUUAGCCAUUGCUGCUGGUUUGUGUAGAAUUACACAUGUGAUUAGGCCAAGUGUAAUCAUGGUUUUGUCAUUAAUUUUUUUUUAUUCAUUUGAAUUUUGUGAUUUUUAAUGCAAUGAAAAGGGAAGAUUGGUUA